AUGGCCGUGGCUCUGGACGCAGUGUGGGUGAGGGUGAAGAACGUCUGCAAACAGAAUGGGCUCCUCAUCAUGUCGGUGCUGGCCGUGGUCAUCGGGUGUCUUUUGGGCUUCUUCCUGAGGACGCGGCGCCUCACAGAGCAGGAAGUGAAGUACUUCCAGUUUCCAGGAGAGCUGCUGAUGAGGAUGUUGAAGAUGCUGAUUCUCCCGCUCGUCGUCUCCAGUUUGAUGUCAGGACUGGCAGCUCUUGACGCCAAGUGCUCCAGUCGGCUCGGUCUGAUCACAGUGUCGUAUUACCUGUGGACCACCUUUGUGGCGGUGAUAGUGGGGAUCAUCAUGGUCUCCAUCAUCCACCCGGGUGGUGCGGCCCAGAAAGAGGACUCUGAGGACAGCGGCAAGCCCAUCAUGAGUUCUGCCGACGCUCUGCUGGAUCUCAUCCGCAACAUGUUCCCGUCUAAUCUGGUCCAGGCCACAUUUCAGCAGUAUCGAACAAGUAGCCAGUACAUUGUGAAGCCCAAACCAACAGUGAGUCAGUCGGAGUCCACCACACGGCGAGCGCUCAUCUACGGGAUCCAGGACGACAACGGAACGGACAUCCAGAACUUCGCCCUCGAUCUGACGCCGCCUCCCGACGUGCUCAUACGCACUCGUGAAGGGACGAGUGACGGAAUGAACGUCCUCGGAAUCGUCAUAUUUUCCGCCACCAUGGGUAUCAUGCUGGGAAGGAUGGGGCCAAACGGCAGCGCGUUGGUGAACUUCUGCCAGAGCCUGAAUGAGGCCGUUCUACGGAUCGUUGCCAUCGUUAUAUGGUACUUCCCAUUCGGCAUCGUGUUCCUGGUGGCGGGUAAAAUCCUGGAGAUGAGCGAUCCGUCGGCGAUGGGAAAAAAGCUGGGCUUCUACGCCGUCACCGUGGUGUUUGGGCUGGUGUUGCACGGCUUGUUCAUUCUACCCGCCAUGUACUUCUUCAUCACCAAAAAGAGCCCGAUCGUCUACAUACGGGGGAUCCUGCAAGCCCUGCUCAUCGCCCUGGCAACCUCUUCCAGCUCCGCCACACUGCCUAUAACCUUCAAGUGCCUCUUAGAGAACAACCACAUCGACCGCCGCAUCAUCCGUUUUGUGCUCCCCGUGGGCGCCACCAUCAACAUGGACGGCACCGCUCUCUACGAGGCCGUGGCAGCGAUAUUCAUCGCACAAGUUAAUAAUUACGAGCUGGACUUUGGCCAGAUCAUCACCAUCAGCAUCACAGCGACUGCCGCGAGCAUCGGAGCUGCAGGGAUCCCACAAGCCGGGCUGGUCACCAUGGUGAUCGUGCUGACAUCCGUCGGGUUGCCAACGGAUGACAUCACUCUCAUCAUCGCAGUAGACUGGGCGUUAGACAGAUUCCGCACCAUGGUGAACGUGAUGGGGGAUGCUUUGGCUACAGGCAUCAUGGCACACAUCUGCAGGAAAGACUUCAUGAAAGAAGGAGACGGGGUGCCUUUGAUCUGCGAGCCCAACCCUCCGCAGAACAACCCGCCGCUGAUGAACUGCCACAACAACAACGGAAACUACCGGCCUCCGUCUUCAGGGGUCAAACACGAGCUCAUCCCGUCAGACGUGGCCCGGCUGAUUCAGCUGGAGGAGGGCAUCAGGCCGCAGGCGGAGAGGAAGAAGCCUCCGAUUCCUCCGAGGCACCUGAAGAAGAGCAAAGAACACUGCGCCAUCGACAUGAACGGCCUGGAGACCAACGUAUAGCCUCCUUUUGGAGCGUGAUGUUGCGUCGGUGUAGCUGUUGCUGAGCACAACCUGGACUCACGUACGUGAGGCAAAACCCAUCAGUGACAAGGUGUCCUGAAAACUAAGAGGAGAGCCUCUGUGUGAGAAAUCUGUUGUUUUGGGGUCAUUAUAGACGUACAUCGCUUUCUGGACGAGCAUCACACUUACUGAGGACGUUAAAACAGCAGAGGAACGACAGCGUGAACUCAUUCAUGAAACUGGUCCUGUAUGUGCAGCAGCAGCGUCAGCUCACACCUGAACCCCCCCAGGACUGUGAAUCCAGGUGUGAGCAGCUGAGCAUGACGUUGAUGAACUCAUUUCUAUCUGACUUCAUUUUGUAUGAUUUAAGUUUUUCUUUGUCCGUCUACUUGGACGUGUUGUCGUUAAUUAUAUUUUAUACCAACUGAAAGCGGUUUGUGUCAUAUCGGAGACGAAGACGAAGGGGAUCGCAGUUUGUCUGGUGUGAGCGGAUCGAUGACGAGGCAAAGCGAAAAUGCCAUAUUAGUUUUAAUUUUUUGCCUUAACAAAAGCUGGUGGUGCUCGGCUGAGACGGCGACGACUGAAACAGCCUCAGGGGGCGCGUGAUCGAAUUUAACUUUCCUGGCACUUGAAACAGCCGAAAAACAACAACUGGAACUUCAACAUAAACCAGCUGGUCCGUGUUUGUUGGCUGGUUGAGUGGAGUGUUUUGCUUCUUAAAAAAAAAAAAAAAAUCUGUGUUUAAACUUCAUCUGGAACUUUCUCUGCUGCAUAAAUUGACAUUACUUUUUUUUUUUUUUUUUUAAUCAUUAUGCACUGAAGGCAUUUAAAAUAAAAGGUUUAGGUCUGGAACUUUUCAGGUCUGGUUUUAAUACAAUACUCACAUGCAGAUUUUAUUAUUCCCUGCAAUCAUUCCUCCAAAAUCUAUUCCUUUUAUCCUUCACUCAAUGCUAAUUCCUGUACUCGGAUAUCAAACUUCUUGACACUUAUGAAUAAUCAUUGUGCGUCUCCACUAGUUGGGUUGGUAGUUUUGAAAGUCUCGGAUGAAUUUUACCAUUUCUGAGCUGAAAAUAAGUCGCCCGCUGACGCGAACAAAGAGUUGUUCACUGAGUGAAUGAGGCCUAAAAGGUUUUUGCGGCCUCCAGGUUUACGUCCACGCUGUGCGGCUAAGGAGACCGUUUUAAAAAACAGGAAAGCCUCCAUGGAUUAAGACUCCAGAACACAAAGGGUGACAGGUGGGGACCCUGUUUGCAGGUGGAGGUGACCUCCACAGUCACGUCACCGUCACCUUCUUUGUAUUCGCAGUGCUUUUAUCAUCCUAAAGUUGUUUACUUCACUUUUCACAUUUUGCUUUGUACUGAAUAUUAACUUUUGUGAGUGUAUUAAUCAGCUUAUUAGCGAGAUUAGCCAGUCAGCUAGCCUAGCCGGAUGCUAAAAUAUAGAAAGUCACCGCGUUCAUUAGUCGCUUUAAUUUUUUUGCCAGCUCUGUAAAUCACAGAGUGGAACAAAGAGUCAAAGCCCUGAAAAUAAACACUGAGGUGAUUAUCAGAACGCUCAGCUCUGAAGAUCAUGCUAGUACAUCAAUGAGUGAGAGGCUAAUGUUGCUAACGGUUAAGACACUGAAGUCAAGUUGAUAAUUUAACUAACGAGCGCAACCACUGAGAGCUUAAUCUCUUAUGUUAGCUUAGCUUAACUCUAGUAGUUGCCUUUCGAGCUUUACAUCCUCCGUUAGUUACUACACUCUUCAGUUAGCAGUUAGCUUCGUACAUAUCGUGUAUUUUCUUGAUCAUAAUUGUCUUAACGUAUCGCUGUGGCUCUUGUUACCGGCUCAGUGUUUGGGUCAUCUAAUUAAUUAUAACAGCCAGCUGUGCUAGCGGAGUGGCUACCACGCUAAUGAUGUGAAAAUUAUCAAAAAUGCUAAAAAACGCUUCAUGCAAAAACAAAGUCAGGCGUUUUAUCAAUAUGUGCAAAGCUAACUAGAGGAAGUGGAGUAGCUGUGAUAAAGCAGUGUGGUCCAAAGGUUGGAGGUGGAGGUAACCACACAGAACUGCUGUUUAACAUCAAGCCGAAGCUAAAUUGAGGCUUCUGGUACAAAUGUUGUCAUCCGCAUGUAUUUCACGACUAGUUUUUGGACAACAGAAGCACACGCGUUGCUCGGACUAGCUGGCGAACAACAUACUUAAACGAAUUCCACACCACAAGGACGACAUUUUGUACAAUUGCUGCUGAAGCCACAAAUUAGUGUUGGUUUAACUUUAGAAAGCAGUUUUGCGUGAAUGAUCUCUGAGACUGAACAAAGCUGUUUCCUGCCAUCGCUUGUGUAAAUUUGGGCACUAGACGGUUCGUGCAGCCUCCGAGUGACGAUCGUUCGAACUGUUCUGACUCGACACGCUGUUUCACUUUAUCGAGGUAUUUCGAUCGGGAGGAAUUAUUACAGCGUGUGAGUAUUAUAUUAGGAUAAUCUUGAAAAACCUGAAUGUUCACAUGUGCAAUUUCUUUACGGUACAUUUCACUCUCGUCACAUAAAUUUGCUCCGAUUAUAUUCUGGGCUUCAUGUAUUUUGUCAUUUUAUCAUUUGUCAUUUUAUCAAACACUCCAGAGAGCUUCUCGCUGGAAAAACAGACAGGCUGCCAACAUUUUUUCUCAUGGGAAGAUAACAGAUCGUAGUCUUGAGGUGUAUUUUCUUUUUAUUCUUUUUAAGUAUUUGGCUUCGUGACAGUGAACAUACGGUACAUAUUGAGUAACGAGCGCCGCCCUGACGUGGGAGAAACCUGCUGAGUUAUCGGGUGAAUGUUAGGAAACGCACAGUCUUCCUCUUCAGCCUUUUUCAAAUAAUUUAUUGCUGUGUUCAAUGACUGUAUAUGUGACAGUAUUGUACGUGAAAGUGACACUGUAUUCAUAGUAAUAUAGUGAGUUGUGAUAGGACGAGUACUUUUAAUGUCAUAUAAAAAUAUUUGCCAUCUUUUUUUUUAUAAAACAGGAAGUGGACUGACGUAGCAGCAGCAGUGUGGAUUGAAGCUUCAGAUAGAUGUUUUGAAAAUCACUUUCAUGUUUGGAAUAUUGAAUUCACAAGCACAUAGCAAUGUAAUAACAUAAAAAAUGAUGCUGAGAUCCACAAACAUCCAGGAAUAUUACUGCUUUUCAUUCUAACACCUCACUGACUUCUCAACACCUUCGGCAGGAUUUGAGAGAACGGCUCAAAAUGAUUAAUAAUUUAAGGGAAAAACUACAAAGCAUUUACUUGCUUAAGUUACAAUCCUUAAGAUGUGGUUACUGGCAGUAACAACAAGUGUGAUUUAACUGUGGAAAUUCAAGAGUUGUUUUUGAAAUGACACUGUCACUGAAGCAACCGGCUACAACAUCCCACAGAUGAGCAAGCAAGCUGAAGUGAAACUCUCUCCAAAAUGUAACCGAGGCUUUUGUUUGUGAAUGUAUUUGAAUCAAACCUUCGCGUAAAAGCAUAAUUAUGUCGAAAGACGCCCUUUUAAGAUUUACCGUAUUUUCAUUUUCUGGUCAAACUCAUUUUCAAUGGGAGUGCAAGGGGCAAAUUUACAAAAGCAUCAAAAUCUCUAUCUAUAAAACUCUAAGAAGGCUCGAUACAACAUGAAACUUUGCUGGUAGCAUCACCAGGGUCUCUACACAUGAACACCAGCAUUGAGAACAUCGUUUGUGUACACAGAGUCACUGAAAAGAAAGUUUUUGAACAACUCACAUUAGCAGUAGCUUGUUCCACUCGCCACCGUCCUGCCAGUGCAGAAGUGUCGACCUCAGAAUGUGACGUAACCUGGAGGACAGUUAAGGUGGAACGCUCCUAAAGCUUAGUUCCAUGUAAAUGCACUGAUAAUUUGUUGUUUUGUUGUUAGUGAAAAACAAUAUUGACC